AAUUUCUUUAGCAGUUGAAAGGAUGUUCCUUGUAUCCUUAAAGAUUAAAUAUGCAGAUGGCCAAGCGAUAGCCGUUAAACUUUCCAAACAAAUAACGCAGAGAACAAAUUCCAUUAAAACUACAAUAGCCAAGUAUAAUGCAUCACUAAAGUCUUUGGAAGAUUGGAUUGAAGGACUACCUAGAAAAAUUGAAUUUGACGAAGCAAAAGAUCCAAGGUCGCAACUUUAUUGUGAUUUUAACUUUCAAACAAAUAAAGAUACAGUACCGUUCACUGCUAAACGUUCUGCUAUUGAGUUGCAUAACUUUUUUGAAAGAUGCAAAGAGGAACAAGAGAUGUUAGAAAUGGAAACAGAAAAACUAGUACACUAUUACUUGGACAAGAAACAAGAACUGGAGUCCUAUAUCAAUGUAAAUGGGGAAGUUCAGAGCAAAAUCUUGAGAGGAACUGUAGCAAAUUUUAAGAAAGAUUUAAUUAACAUAAAUAAUGCACUGUAUUCACUGAAACAUAUGUUAAAUGACUAUUUAACAGAAGCUAGUAAGAGUAAAUUACCAUUCUUCAAGAUAGAAGCAGAGCAUGCAUUAUCUAUUUUGCGUCCAACAAACAUAAUUGAGGAUACAUUAGAGAUUGAAACCAGUUCAGUUGAUAGCAAGACUGACUGCGAAUCACUGCUUCAAUUUUCAGAUUUUCAAUCGGACACCGAGUUAGAAUAA